CUCCGCCAUCCCAGCAGCAGCUCGGGACCGCGGCCCGGCCCGCUCGGGGCGCCGCGGAACGCCCGCCGCGCCGCCGCGCGCCCGCCCGGAGCGCUGAGGCGGCUGCACCGCGGCGCCGGAAGCAGGAUCGCUGGCCAUGCCAAAGUUACGAAAACCUCAAGGAGGGAAGCAAGAGAAAAAAGUUAUCCAUCCCUACAGCAGAAAAGCUGCACAGCUUGCAAGGGAUGUACACAAACAGGAGAAGAAAGAAAAGUUGAAGACUGACAAAGCUUUGCGUUUAAGCAUUAUUGGAGAAAAACUGCAAUGGUUUCAAAGUCACCUUGACCCCAGUAAAAUCGAGUACACAAAGAAGGAAGCUGGUGAACUAAUUGAAAAUUAUAUGUGUCGAUUCAAUGCUGAAUUGGAGCAGAUUGAAUUACAAAACAGCAUUAAAGGCAGACAAGGAAUACAGCACGCUUCAAGGGAAGCUGUCAUCAAGCAGACAAUAGAACGUGAAAGACAACUCUAUGAGGGUUAUGGAAUAGAAAUCCCAGACAUUAUGAACAGAAAGCAUCUUAAAUUUUUCAGAGAGUGGGAUGGUGAUCUGAGGAAACUGCCAAACAUCAAAAUGAAAAAGCUCUCAGCUAGGGAUGCUGCCUUGAGUCACCUUGUGGUGACAGAUGCAGAAGCAAAAGAAGACUUGAAUGAAGAGGAAGACGUGGGCCCUGAUGAGCAGCAGCCGAUUCAAGAGCUGAAACAGUAAAGGGAAUUGUUAGAAACCUAUUUUAGUUUUCACUGGAAAAAAAAUAAAAUUUAACUAUAUUUCUAAAA